ACCUGUGAGCAACACUGGGAAGGAUGAGCUCACUGAUCUUCUCCAAAGCUGAAGGAAACCACAAAAACACAUUCAAACAUAUUUUAAUGAUACAGGUAGAAGACACUGAGAUUGAGAACAAUGAGUCCUAGAAGAGCAUUUAUACCAUCACUGGGAAUGUUCAGAAAAAGAUUGAGAUCCAUGAAGAAAGCUUUCAAACCUGUUGGCAAGCAACUGUCAUGGCUGCUGAGGAGUUCAGCCAUGCAGCAGGCCAAGCGCAGUCUAGCAGGCUUUUUUGCUGGCCUAUUUCUCUCUUUCCUGUAUGGCAUGACGGCGCUGUAUGUGCAGAACUACAACCUGCGGUUCUGCUUCAUCUCCACCACCAUCAUGGCCCUUUCUACAGCAGUUGGAAUGGGCCUCUCUAGCCGAGUACGGGCCAACGUUACACUGAUGAUGCCCAUGCUGUGCACUAAGGAGGGUAAAAGGUUCCUGUUGUUCCUCAUCCUCACCCUAGUGAUGCAGGGGCCCUUAAGAAACACAGUGGAGAACUUUGAGAGAGCAGCAGGCAGUGUGACGUGUGGAGCAGAGUUAGCCAUGAACCAAACUCGACUACUAAUGCAGCGAGCUGCUACUCCUCUACUACCUGUGCUGAGUAAGAUAAAGGAGGUCAGCAGGAAUGCCUACUCACUGGCUGGCAGAGUUCAGAACCUAAUCACAGCACUCACAGAGUCUGUGCGCCACGUCUCUCGUUCUCUGAGGAAUGUGCUGCAUUUCCUGGCGAGCAUUGGUGAUGUGUGUAACGAUAAGAUGGGCACACCGUAUAUGAAGUGUAAUGCAGUGUUUAACGAGGGCCGUGGCAACUGCAUGGAGAUGCUCUCUGUCUUUGACUUCCUGUGCCACAUCGUAGAUGGCUUCAGGCCUCUCUGUGGGCUCAUGCGCGUUGGUGAGUUCUUCUGUAUCCUACCCUCAUACAUCGCAGACCAUCUAAAGGCUAAACUGGCAGCCCCAACUAUCGCUGCAUUUAAUCGAAUGAAGAAGGAGUUUGAAUUCAACAUGUCGGCCUCUGUUCAUUUCGACUUGGACCUGAACAGGAGUCAGUCAUUUCAGGAAAUGACUCAGGAGAUCAUGCAGGAGGUGGCACAGGAGCAGGAGCGCUUCCUGGAGCUAACAGCAGUGCUGGAAUAUGUGGGCCUGUUCCUGCUGCUGUAUAUGUACCUGCAGGCGGUUCUGUACAAAAACAGUUACCUUCACAAAGAUGAUUUUGACAACUUCUACAUAACAGAGCAGUUCAUAGAGAUGGAUUGCAAGCUCUCUAGACAAGGAAGACCAGCUGUAUUGCCGCUGAGUGAGAGAGAAGCCCUUAUCUACAUUACACCCUGUUCUGUAAGGCUGACUGAUCGUGAGUGGGUGGCUAUUGGGGCUGGACUUGUAUUCCUGCUCAAACACUUGGUAGUGGGCUGUGUGGUAAUAGGUCUGGAUCUCAUGGUGUUCUGGGUGUUUGAUAUGGUGCAUCACCAGGCUCAGGGAGAGAUAGUGGCUAGAGCUCCUAUGAUUGUUGAUGUGGAGGUGAACGGAUCUGGCUAUGCUUCUGACAUCUUCAAGGACAUAGUGACAUCUUUUGAUAUCCUGCAGAGAGGAAACAUCACAAUCCUCAGCAAGAAGUGUCUGAUGGAGCCUCUAGAGCCCGACUACAUGAGAUACCUUUUCAUAGGAUUUCUUUAUGGCCUUGCCUUUUUCCUGGUGCUUGUUGGAAGCUAUGCUAAGCGACUUCAGCGAUUUGUGUGUGCACAUUACCACCCUCAACAGGAAAAGAAGAGGAUUCUGUGGCUCCGUGACCACAUGCUCUCUCAGCGUGGGUCUCUAGGAAAAGCUCUGCUUAGGGCGGUGGCCAGGGGGAAGGCGGACCAAGGACACAGCAGUGUACUGCAAACACUGACGCGGCAUCUGCCGGGUGGAGCCACCAUAGCCGGGUUCCUGGGUGUGUUUGAUAAGUCCUGCCUGGCCUGUGGGAAAGUCAUGAAAGGCAAAGAUCAUCCAGAUGUUUAUACCUGCGCCACCCUAAACUGCACAGGGAGUUUCUGCAUGCAGUGCUUCAGGGUAAUGGGGAGUAUCUGUGCUGUCUGCAUGGGCCCCCUCACAUUCCAGGAAAACUCAGGAGAACAGGAGCUCGACUCCAGCGAUGAGGAGCAAGUGAAUUUAUGGGAGACAGCAUUGACAACUCCACAGCCACACUUCAGUCUGAGCAGCGACCAGAGGAAGCUGAUGUGGAGGCGUUGGUCUGUGGCCACAGGAAGGCCUAUGGAAGAACACAGCAACAAAGAGGAACAAAGUGGUUCAUGCAGAAGACCAGUAAAGACCAGUCCAAAGGACUUCAAAAACAUGGUUUGAGAACUAUGUGACACACAUUCUCCACUCCAGCCAGAUCCUUGUCCUUUGUAUACCUCUACUCCAUCAUCCUUAUCCAGCAGGAAGAGCUACAAAUGUAUUUUAAUUUAUUUAUACAUUAAACCAAUAAAUCCUG